GCUGUUAUACCUAUCUGUAGCAAAAAAAAGGAGAAAUGGUCUCAUGAUCUCAUUUGGCACGUGAUACCCAUUUUAUAAGCUGAAACCGACUCAGGCAGAUUCAGUCAGGUUUUUGCUUCCUCCUGGUUUAUCGCCAUCUCAGAGGCGCACAGAGGUAAAAAUGUUGAGGAGUUUGGUGUUCACAUUGAUCUGUGGGGCAGUAGUGGCCCUUAAAGAUCCAAGCUUGGACAUGCACUGGACGUUGUGGAAGAAAAAUCACAGUAAAAUCUACACCAAUGAGUUAGAGGAGAUGGGUCGGAGAGAAAUCUGGGAGAGGAACCUUCGCUUGAUCACCCUGCACAACCUGGAGGCCUCUUUGGGAAUGCACACAUAUGAAUUGGGCAUGAAUCAUAUGGGAGACAUGACUAGAGAGGAGAUCCUGCAGAUGUUUGCUGGGAUCCGAAUACCUUCUAACCUGACCAGGAGGACUUCUACCUUUGUUGCCACUGCUGGAAUUUCAGUACCAGAUACAGUUGACUGGAGGGAUCAGGGAUACGUAACAGAGGUCAAAAACCAGGGUUCAUGUGGUUCUUGCUGGGCAUUCAGUGCUGCUGGUGCACUAGAGGCUCAACUAAAGAAGAAAACGGGUCGGCUACUUUCACUUAGUCCUCAGAACUUGGUGGACUGCUCUUCUCAGUAUGGAAAUAAGGGUUGCAAUGGAGGUUACAUGAGUGCUGCCUUUCAGUAUGUCAUUAAUAAUGGCAUAGCUUCGGAAGAAGUCUAUCCUUACAUUGGAGUGGAUGGACAGUGCAGGUAUGACCAAUCACAACGUGUUGCCAACUGCUCCAGUUACAGUUAUGUUUCUGAAGGUGAUGAGGAGGCACUUAAGCAAGCUGUGGCCACCAUUGGACCCAUCUCUGUGGCUAUUGAUGCUACUCGUCCAUCAUUUAUCCUUUACCGCAGUGGUAUCUACAAUGACCCCUCCUGCUCCCAUAAUGUAAACCAUGGAGUGCUGGCUAUAGGGUAUGGCAGCUUGAAUGGAGAGGACUACUGGCUAGUGAAAAACAGCUGGGGCACUAGAUUUGGAGAUGGAGGCUACAUCCGCAUGGCCCGCAACAAAGGAAAUAUGUGUGGAAUAGCAAGUUAUCCUUGCUACCCAAUCAUGUAACAGAUAAGCAGAAGCAUAUUUAGAUACUUUUAUCACCUUUAUUUUCAGAUAUUUUUAAAUCAGCUGUUUUAUGCGUAUUUUAAAAUGUUAUUGGAUAUCUAAAUAAAAUGAUUUUAUACUUGUGCACUUUUUUUGUACAGAAAUGGAAACUGUGGCAUUAAAACAUGAUUCUACCCCCAA